UUUGAAGAGCUGAGAGAUUAAUAUACACACAUGACUUUAGAAUUUGGACAAUUACCGGUUCGAAUACGAAAAAUCGUUUAUUACACGUUAGCUUCAUCAGAUCAAAGAGUUUGGGCAAAAUUUAUAUUUCCUGGUUUACAAAAUUUUUUGAUACGCUCAUUUUAUACUUCUUUGCCAAUGGCACCAGCAUUUCUACUGACAUUUUGGUUAAUGAAAUGGUGCCCGGAAGAACAUAGAAGAUCAAAAAGAAAAGAUCCAAAU